GUGUGUCCUAUCUUUUCUCGAUAUUAACAAAUCACUUGUUACAAUGGGGUUUUAGUUUGCUUUGUUUCCUCUGUUUGAUAAGCUCGUAUAUGUCUUCAAGAUAAUUUGCCAGAUGACAUUUUGUUUGAACGAUUCAGAAGAUCUCAUGUGGUAAAAGGAAGUUCAGCUCACAAGGUUCUUGUAGUUGAAAUCAAGAUUUCAAGAAGACUAAGAAUUGGUUGCACAUCAUUGCUAAAUUCUGGGUGAAAAGACUGCCUCCAACGACUGAAGUCUUGGCCGUCACUAAGAGAAAAUGGAUUUGAGGUCAAGUUCUAAACAUUCUGAUAGUGAAUGCAUGUAUAAUGAAUUAAGGGUUAACAAUGAAGAAAAGAGAAAGAUUGCAGGAAGAUCGGUUUCACUUCCGUCCAUAGAUAUAUUACUAGACGAGAAACCUGGUUGGCCUUUUCUUAAAAUAGCAACUUUAGGAACACCACAAGUUCACCAUAGACACUCAAGGAAAGUCUCAGUUGUCAACUGGGUCAUGAGCUUACCUGACCGGUUUUUAGAUCAUGACCAGAAUCUAAACUCUGAGACCCGCUUUGUAAAGAAACAACUUAAGGACAUACUAAAAGACGACAACAAAUGGUUCAGCUACAAUGUUCUCAAGACAGCAACAUCAGAUUUCUCUCAAGAAAAUCUGAUUGGGAAAGGAGGGUGCAAUGAAGUGUAUAGAGGGGUUCUUAAAGAUGGAAAACGCAUUGCAGUAAAAAUCUUGAAAUCAUCAUCAAAAGAAGCUAUGACCAAUUUUGUUCAUGAAAUUGACAUUAUCUCUUCUCUGAGUCACCAAAACAUCUCAAAGUUACUUGGUGUUUGCAUCCAAGACAACAAUCUAAUCUCUGUUUACAACCUUUCAUCCAAAGGAAGUUUAGAGGAAACCCUUCACGGUAAACAAAAGGAAAAGCAUGUAUUAUCAUGGGAGGAGAGGUUUAAUAUAGCAAUUGGCUUAGCAGAGGCGUUAGAUUAUCUCCAUAACCAAUGCUCUAAGCCAGUGAUUCACAGAGAUGUCAAAACAUCAAAUGUUCUUCUCUCAGAUGAGCUCCAACCUCAGCUAACAGACUUUGGGCUAUCGAUGUGGGGACCUACGACAUCUUCUAGAUAUUCAAUACAAGGUGACGUGGUGGGCACAUUUGGAUACCUUGCGCCAGAGUAUUUCAUGUACGGAAAAGUCAGUGACAAAGUUGACGUGUAUGCCUUUGGAGUGGUUCUUCUUGAACUUAUAUCAGGAAGAGAUCCCAUUUCGUUUGAGAAACCAAAAGGAGAAGAAAGUUUAGUCAUGUGGGCAAAGCCGUUUCUUGAGACUGGAAAUGAAAAAGGGCUGUUGGAUCCAGACGUAACAGAGAUAUCCGACGAAGCUCAGUUUCAUAGAAUGGUUCUUGCUGCUACACAUUGCCUCACAAGAUCAGCCACACAUCGUCCCACUAUAAGACAAAUAUUGAGGCUAUUAAGAGGUGUAUAUGAGGUCGAGAAAUGGUUCAAAUGGAUUAAGGAAGAAGAAAAUGAAGAUUGUUUCGAUGACGAGGUUUACCCUUAUACCAGGGCGGAAUUACACUUGAGUCUUGCGAUGAUGCUUGAGGUUGAAGACGAUGAAACUGUAUCAAUCAGUCCCAUGGAGAGAAGUUACAACAGCCUUUUCUCUUCUUGUUGUUCAUCUAGAGAACUUCAACCUUAAUACACAUUGCUUUUAGACUUUUAUUGGAGUUUAUCUUAUAAUGUUUUUGUUACUUCAUAAAGAGUGUAAACGCACAACCAAACCUAUAGCAGUUUACGUAAAACCCA